UAACCCUUUAGAGGCGAGGUCGCAGUGCGUGGGAAAGUUGCGGGUAGUAGACGUGCCACGUCUGCUGGGAAGCGAGGGUCAUGAACUUGCCCGAGGCCGUCGCCCUUGAGCCAUCAGCUACAUCCUUAACUCUAUGAGGUCCGGGGUCCUCCCUCUGUGUUUGUAGGAACUUCUGCUCCACGACAUGAGGCUUCUCUUGUGGAACUCGGUCCUGGCGCUGUUGGUCACUUCCCUGAGUGGGGCGCUGAUCCCCGAGCCAGAAGUGAAGGUCGAAGUGCUCCAGAAGCCUUUCAUCUGCCAUCGCAAGACCAAGGGGGGCGACUUGAUGUUGGUCCACUACGAAGGCUACUUAGAAAAGGAUGGCUCUUUAUUUCACUCCACCCACAAACAUAACAAUGGUCAGCCCAUUUGGUUUACCCUGGGCAUCCUGGAGGCUCUCAAAGGUUGGGACCAGGGCUUGACGGGAAUGUGUGUGGGAGAGAAGAGAAAGCUCAUCAUUCCUCCUGCCCUGGGCUAUGGGAAAGAAGGAAAAGGUAAAAUACCCCCAGAGAGCACACUGAUAUUUAACAUCGACCUCCUGGAGAUACGAAAUGGACCAAGAUCCCAUGAAUCAUUCCAAGAAAUGGAUCUUAAUGACGACUGGAAACUCUCUAAAGAUGAGGUUAAAGUGUAUUUGAAGAAGGAGUUUGAAAAGCACGGUGCAGUGGUGAAUGAAAGUCAUCAUGAUGUUUUGGUGGAGGAUAUUUUUGAUAAAGAAGAUGAAGACAAGGAUGGAUUUAUAUCUGCCAGAGAAUUUACAUAUAAACAUGACGAGUUAUAGAGAUACACCUGCCCCUUUAAUAUAGCAGCCAUCUUUAAAGAGCGGGCAACCGUCUUUAAAGAAAGUCUUAUUUUUUAACAUUGUUUUAUUCCAUUCUUGCUUUGUUUUUUUAAAUUUUUUAUAUAUUUUUUUCCGAAUGUUAUUUAAAGAACCCCUUAGGGUUUCUAAGUACCCAUUUCUUUUUGGUGAAUUACUGGGAAGAAAAAAUGUUUUUAUCUUUGAAUAAGGAGAAUUCUGGACCAUUUUCUACUUUCACCUAUGAAGUCUUAUAAUUUACAACUUUGUAACUUUAAAAUAUUACAAUGGGGACCUUGCCCAACAGAAGAGCAAGCAUAGCACAAAUCCUCACCCUCUGUUUCUGCUUGACUCCAUUUUCACUAAGUUAGAUACUGACAUUUGCAAACCUUUUGCAAUAACCCAAAGCUUACUAUUUUCAUGUUAUAAUGGAAGUGUUAUCUGCCUUUGAGUCUCUGCUUGAAGCAACGGGAAGAUGGUUGUUGAAUUUUACUUGUUAACAGUUACUGCUAUACUGAGGAGACGUGCAAUGCUGAAGUGAUGGACAAGUUAAUGACUUCUAAGUGUGUAUACAUUGAAUAUUCUGCCCAGAACUUAAGCUAUGGUAUAAGGCUUGGUUCCUGAUUGCUACUGACUUAUCAUGAUAAGUAGAACAAAUUAUUUAUGUUUGUUGCUUCCUAAUAAAAUGUGUCAAAAUAUUGUAGAUGAGGUAGAAAGUUGUAUUUAGUCUGUGUAUACUUUUUAAGGCUAACCAAUUAUCCUUUCUGGUUUUUAAAGUAAUAGUCUAUAACUAGUGUAUUAUACUACAAUAACAUUAUGUCAUGCUUUGUUAACGAAUCAAAAUUUUCCCAUUUCUGCCCCAUCAGAAAAUAAGGCAGACCCACAGUAGCUGCUAUUGAAUAAGGUCUAUCCUGGGUCAAAAGUUUGAUAAUUUUAUUAUGUUCUCUUCAAUUGGCUUUUAUCCUCAAUACUUUAAAAAGUGUCCAAAUCCCCAUUUACUAAGAAUAUUAGUCCUGGCCUGUGUGGCUCAGUUUGUUGGGUGUCAUCCUAUACACCAAGAGGUCACUGGUUUGAUUCCCCAUCAGGGCACAUGCUUGAGUUGUGGGCUCAAUCCCUAGUAGGGGGCAUGCAGGAGGUAGCCCAUUGAUGUUUCUCACUCUCUCCCUUCCUAUCUCUCUAAAAAAAAAAAAUCAAUAAAAAAAGUCUUAUCAUUUACCAAGUGUUCUCAAACAUAUCACUGACCUUAACUCUCAUGGAUCUGAAGUCCAUGAAGAAAGCUGGUGGAUUUUACCGAUUUUAUAGGUGAGGAAAUUGUCAUUCAACGAGAUUGUUGUGACUAUGGUCAACUGCUAGCUUACUGAAGCAGACUUCAGUCCUCAAGUUCAUUAUCUUUUUACUGCCCUGUAUAUUGAAAAGAAAAAUUUUCUUUGCAUUUACUGGGUCUAAUUUUCUCUUCAGUGUGGGUCCUUAUCCUUGUGAAGAUACUUUACUGGCUAUUUCUGGUGCCAUAGAAUUCUCUCCAUGAUCCAGAAAUGGCUCUGGUUUCUUUGAAAAAUCUUGGGGUCAGCCAUGAAUUGCCUCAAAGACCCUGUGUGGUGUGAGGUUCCCCAUGUGUAUCUUAGUCCUUUCAUUCCUGUGGAGCUCUAGAUUUUUUGUUUUUUUUCUUUAAACAAUUAUGAACAACUGUUACAUCAGAUAUAGACUACUUUCACUGAUUCUGUAUUGAUGUCUUCCUCAUUAACACCUUUCUCUGGCGAAAUCAGCUAUAGCUAGAAAACGUUUUUAAGUUCACUGCCCUUUUCCUCAACCUGGAGGAGUUCGAAGUCACAGCACAGAAAGCCUUAUGCGGCAUGAUGAGGGGGAAGGAAGUGAGUAGCUACUGACACUGUCCACGGCAGAGCAAGAUAAGUAAAAAGGAUUCUGACUAUUCAGGCAGCAUAUUCCUUCAUCUCGUGUGACUUUGUAUCAAUUCCCAUCUAAACGUUUGGACACAAGUAUGAAAUGAAAAGUCACUAGGUUAGGGUUGUCUUUAAGUUAACUGCCUUUUUUGGUUUAGUUAUCUGUUUGCACCUUUCCAUUUGUGGGAAUAAUCAGACACCAACUGUGACUUCACUUGUCUACCACUGAACUCAUUAAUCCUGCUAGCUGUGUCCUAUUUAAAUGUGUAGGACUGUGUUAUGGUAUUCUUUUCAAAAAUAAAGAUUACUUGGAAAAGAA